UAAUGAAAUCAAUACUUAAAAUAUAAAUAUAUUUUAUUAAAAUACUAUAAAACAAGAAAACAUUGAUUUGNGAUGAUAACGAAGAUGAAGGCGACGGCUCUCUGUUUGGCUCUUACAACAAGUCGUCAAUGCAUCCGCACUUACCGAACGUGGAAAUGGUUAGACCCGCGCAAACACAUCAGGAAUUGGCCAAAGAAGAAGACAAAGCGAAGGUUAAGAGAGAGUAUAGCGACGAAGAGAAGCGACACAUUAUGAUGAGUGAAGAGUUCAAAAAGUUUAUCGAUCGAGCCGUUAGAAUCACCGAAAGGGCCCUCUAUUAUAACGAACCCUCGGAUAUAUUCAUUGACUAUACGGGCACUCGUGAGGAACUCGAAAGUGAAGACAAGAGUGGAAAUCGUUUAGUAUUUAAUCGUUGUUUUUACGACGAGCGGUGGUGUAAGAACCGGACCAUCACUUCAUUUGAUUGGUCGACUCAAUACCCGGAAUUACUGGUGGCCUCUUAUAACAACAAUGAGGACAAUCCUAACGAACCGGACGGUGUGUGCCUUAUAUGGAAUAUGAAGUUUAAAAAGUCGAGCCCUGAAUACAUAUUCCACUGUCAGUCGCCGGUUAUGUCCGUGUGUUUCGCCAAAUUUCAUCCCAAUCUAAUACUCGGCGGCACUUAUUCCGGACAAAUAGUGUUGUGGGACAACCGCUCCAAUAAGCGGACGCCUGUCCAACGGAGUCCACUGUCGGCCUCAGCGCAUACACACCCCGUUUAUUGCAUUCAAGUGGUCGGGACUCCGAACUCGCAUAACGUGAUCAGUGUGUCCACCGAUGGAAAGCUUUGUUCGUGGAGUUUAGACAUGUUAUCACAACCUCAAGACACGAUGGAAUUGAGUCAACAGAAACAGUCGCGACCGGUGGCCGUCUCCUCCAUGUCUUUCCCUUUCGGUGAUUACAAUAACUUUAUAAUUGGUAGCGAAGAGGGAUCGGUGUAUACGGCGUGUCGUCACGGGACCAAAGCUGGCAUUUUGGAUGUGUUUGAGGGACAUCAGGGACCCGUCACUGGCGUCGACUGUCAUUCCGCUCACUCGCAGAUUGACUUUUCCCAUCUAUUUCUCACUUCAUCUUUCGAUUGGACACUAAAGUUAUGGUCGACUAAAGAGAGUAAACCUUUGUAUUCGUUUGAAGACAAUUGUGAUUAUUUAUAUGAUGUGCGAUGGAGUCCAACACAUCCCGCACUCUUUGCCAGUGUUGACGGAAUGGGAAGAAUAGACUUAUGGAAUCUGAAUAACGACACAGAAUUGCCCACCGCUUCCACUAUUGUCGACGGGAAUCCAGCCCUCAAUCGCAUCGUUUGGAACAAUUCUGGGAAUCAAGUGGUCGUCGGCGAUGACAUCGGAAAGAUAUGGGUUUAUGAUGUCGGAGAGCAAUUAUCGGCUCCAAAGGGUGACGAAUGGACGCGAUUUAUGCAUACAUUGCAAGAACUGAAGAAUAACGCCGAACCAGAAACUGGUGACUACGGCUCCGACACCGCAUAUUCAAGUUUGUCUUCGGCCGCAUCCCUCUCUGCUUUCUCUUCACCUCCCGUUCGCUAAUAACUUAAAACUAAUUUAUAUUCAAAUCAAUGUUUUCUUGUUUUAUAGUAUUUUAAUAAAAUAUAUUUAUAUUUUAA